GUUUCCGGAGAGAUGUGGUAAGUUCCUUCAAUCUGCUGACUUGGCCGCGCUUCUUUUGCCUCUGAGCAUGCUCUGGCCUCCUACAUCUUUGGGGCAUACCAACCUGCCUGGUUAAGUUGGCGAUCCUUGGGAAAAUCGUGAAAGGACAUGCGGCAUGCCCAUUAGAUCGCUGGAGAGCCAACCUGUCGCGUCUCCAUUACCGUUCGCCACAACUACCACAAUGCUGACUGCAUCGUUUUCAGGGAUCUUCCACUCCUUCGGUCGGGGCGACUCCCGCGAAGAAAGAACCCCUGGCGCUUCCGAUGACCCCGCUGGAGAAGAUGCUGCAGGAAAUGGGUUCGGAUUCGGUUCGACAAGACGGUAGCGACAAGUUUUUCGGCAUGGAGAACUACGGAAAUACUUGCUACUGUAACUCAAUCUUGCAGUGUCUCUAUUAUUCAGUACCCUUUCGCGAAGCCGUGCUCAACUAUCCGACACGAACGCCAAUAGAAACCUUGGAGGCUGCUUUGGCGAAGAACCUUCGCUAUCAGAACUUCGCCGCAAACCAGGAAGCUGAGGCACAAGCAGAGAAACAAAGACUCGCCAACGCUCAGCGACCCGGCGCACCUCCCGCUCAGCCACCGAAACCCGAAGAUAAGGAUUCAUCUGAGUACAAAAAGAAAAUCGCCCUGCAGUCACUGCCGUUGUUAGAAACGAAAAACAACGCAGGCAGCUAUGGAAUGUCGGAAUCGCUCUUCACGUCGCUCAAAGAUAUCUUCGAAUCCGUCGUUGCGAGCCAGUCCAGGAUAGGUAUCGUACGACCACAGCAUUUCCUCGACGUUCUUCGCCGUGAGAACGAAAUGUUUCGGUCGGCGAUGCAUCAAGAUGCUCACGAAUUCCUGAACCUUGUGCUUAACGAAGUAGUCGCCAAUGUAGAAGCAGAAGCCAUGAAGCAACCUAUACCGAGCUUACCGCCAGCCGACACCACCGACUCCUCCCGGCAGUCGAUCAGUUCGGGGUCUAAAACUCCCAACACAACACGAUGGGUGCACGAGCUGUUCGAGGGAACCUUGACGUCAGAGACACAGUGCUUGACCUGCGAGAAUGUUUCCCAGCGCGAUGAGAUUUUCCUAGAUUUGUCGGUAGAUCUGGAGCAGCACUCGUCGGUCACUUCAUGCCUGAGGAAAUUCUCAGCAGAAGAGAUGCUCUGCGAGCGAAACAAGUUUCACUGCGAUAACUGCGGUGGGCUCCAGGAGGCUGAGAAAAGGAUGAAAAUCAAGCGCCUCCCGCGAAUUCUGGCUCUGCACCUCAAGCGAUUUAAAUAUACCGAGGAUCUCCAGCGACUGCAGAAGCUCUUUCAUCGGGUCGUGUACCCUUACCAUCUUCGUCUUUUUAACACAACAGACGAUGCGGAGGAUCCUGAUCGCCUAUACGAGUUAUACGCCGUGGUGGUCCACAUUGGGGGCGGUCCUUACCACGGGCAUUAUGUGUCCAUUAUCAAGACGCAGGAUCGCGGAUGGCUGCUCUUUGAUGACGAAAUGGUGGAGCCUGUUGACAAGAACUACGUGCGCAACUUCUUUGGUGAUAAGCCUGGCUUAGCAUGUGCCUACGUCCUAUUCUACCAGGAGACUACAUUGGAGGCUGUUUUGAAGGAGCAAGAGAUGGAGAACAUGAAUGCCAGUGCGGCUGACGCGAAUGAAGCUGCUGUGAAACCGAACGGCUUCCCCCACCCCUCGGGAUUGGCACAUGUUCAUAGUGCCUCGCAGAUCCCUGUGCCAGACGAGCCCCAACGACACACGGGCCUCCGACGAGCCCCCACCGCACCUCAGCUACCCACACAUACCGAAUAUACUGGUCCAGACAUUGAGCCGUCAAGUCCCGCGGUAGCAACUCCACCUCCGGUUCCGCCAAUACCUGAAACUGUCAAUCGGCCUUUGAGCCCUAAGAAGAGUGACAUCCAAUCCAAGAAGGAGCGGGCUAAAGAAGAAAAGGAGCGCAAAGCAGCUGAAAAGGAGUUGGAGAAGCAGCGCCGGAAAGAACAAGAAGCGAGGGUUAAGGAAAAUCAGCGACGCGAGGAAGCUGAACUAAAGGCUGCCCUGGAGGCCAGCAAAGCGUCGAAAGCAGAUGAGGAUCGACGCAAUCCUACGGAGAACGGGAAGGACGGCGAUCCGAAGAAAACCAGCAAUGGUCUUAGCCGGUUGAAACGGGGCAGCAAGAGUUUCAGUCAGCGCUUGGGCAAAGACAAAGAAAGCCGUGCUUCGUCGUCUUCUGGCCUACCAUCAGUUCCUAGUGCCGAGCCUUUGACACCACGCCAGCCGCCAUUGGAGCCCGUCCAGCCGCUCUCACCGCGGAAGACCUCCCCACCGAAGGAGUCGCACAUCGUUCAUAAGCCACUGGGCCAAGACGACGAGCCAGACGCUCUCAAGAGCCCCAAGGGCGACCGGGCAGGGCAUGGGAAAUGGCGGAGUUUCAGCAUCCGGAAGAAGUCGUUCAGCAUCCUUUCAUAAGGCCCGUCAUUCGCCGAUUGCACCAAGCAUGCAUCUUUGUUCGUUCUUUGCACAUAACAAACGUGGACUUUUCGUACAUACUUUCUUGAUGUAUCAUCACACUUCUCUUCACUACCGGCUCCUUCAUAUGGCGAUAUUGCUCAGGGUGCGGGCAUGUUGCCAGUGGAUGCAAGGUUUGAAAUGGGUCCGGUCCCUGUCUUACUUUUUUACUCACUAUUUGGCUCUUGC